AUGGCAUCAUUUAGGUUUUGCGCAGAAUGCAAUAAUAUGUUGUAUCCAAAGGAAGAUAAGGACGGCCAACGUCUCCUAUAUGCGUGUCGUAAUUGUGGUUAUACAGAAUUAGCAGAGAUGCCAAAAGUUUAUCGUCAUGAGUUGAUGACAAAUAUAGGUGCUACGGCAGGGGUUGUUGAGGAUAUUGGAAGCGAUCCUACUUUACCUAGAAGUGACAAAGAGUGUCCCGAAUGCGGUAAUCGUGACUGUGUGUUUUUCCAAUCGCAGCAACGAAGGAAAGAUACAAGUAUGAUUUUGUUUUUUGUUUGUUUAGAGUGUAAGCAUGUUUUCCAAGCAUGA